GCAUACUAGGGGGAAAGUCUACCAGACAUUCAAUAUUGCUUCAAAGAGCAACCAACAAACGGUCAUUUAUCUGGUAGGGGAAUUAUUGCAUAAAUAGAAACGACAGACCCUUGAUGAAUUUUUAUACCUAAAAUCCAACAUACAUUUUAAGCAGAAGCAGGAUUUGAUCUUGCUUGUUGUUUGCGUGUGUUGUGGCUGUGUGUCUUGCGUAAUUUCGAUCAAAGAAAGCCAAAAGAGCAUGUGCACAAUUGACUAGAGGUUGAUCAUUAUUUUUGUGGUAGAUCUUGUCUGUUGAGCGGCCACAAAACACAAAAGAGUUGAGGCAGGUUUAGAACAGAACUCCGCAUGUAAAUGAGUACAUGCUACGAGAAUGCGGAACAAUGGAACGCAGGAAAAAAUAUUGAAAUAGCAUUAAUGGAACAAUGCGUUAAAAAAAGUUUUACAAAUGGUUCGAACUGGAAUGGUAAACUAGCCGUGAAGGGAAAUUGCAAUGGCGAACACACGUGUGACGUGGGAUAGGUGUUUGAGCAUGAUGCAAAAUCUGCCAACGUGGUAUUUAUUACGAGCCGUAUAUGCACUUAGAAAAAUGUGCGGACGAUGAAUGUGUUCAAGGUUGAAUGGUUGAAAUUAAGCUGAUCUCGAAACAAUUCUUUUAUUACAUCGAGGCCAUUGUAAAAUUAAAUAAAUAAUUCAUUUGAAAAAAUCAGUAACGAAUUCACAUCUAAGAAAAAGGGGAAGUUAGAUAUUUUUUACUAUUAAACGUAAUGCAAAUUCCAUUUCGUGUGUAAAUAUGAAAAACAUCUUUUACAAAAAACAAUAGAAAACAAAAAUUUAAAAUUUAACCAUAUUUUGCCGGGUAGAUGAUCGACGACUGUGCAUUGUAUUGCGCAAGUUUGACAUUUCGAAAAGCUUUCCGUGAGCUGUUUUUCUUCCACGUAGGGAUUGUUUACGUUUUUCGGGUUUGACAGCCGGUAAAUGUUUACCUUUGGUAUCGUAUGUGUAAUCGAACGGGAUCAAACGUUCAGUUGUUUUUGCCGUGAGGAAGAAAAGGGUUGCAUUUUAUUCACUUCAGUCUAGAAUUAUUUAAGACGCUUUUAGUGUACAUCCCAACAUGGAUCUAAAUCGUGACGAUGUGUUGAUUCUGUUCGAUGUGGAUGGCACGCUAACGCCACCGCGUCAAUCCAUCUCGGAGGAGAUGAAAACCUUUCUGUAUCAAACCGUGUUACCAAGGGCCACCCUAGGCGUGGUGGGUGGUUCGGAUCUGGCGAAGAUGUGCGAACAACUGAAUGGGCAGGAAUUUCUGCAAAAGUUCGAUUACGUCUUUCCCGAGAAUGGACUGGUGCAUUACGAGUCAGGCAAAGAGAUGGGCAAAAUGUCCAUCAGUCAGCAUCUUGGCGAGGAUGUGCUAAAGCGUUUUAUUAGCUACUGUUUGCAUUACAUCGCCGAUCUGGAUCUACCCAUUAAGCGAGGAACAUUCAUCGAGUUCCGCAACGGUAUGCUGAACGUGUGCCCGAUCGGGCGCAACUGCUCUACGGAGGAACGUAAUCAGUUCUACGAAUACGACCAAACGCAUCAAGUGCGUCAGACAAUGAUUGACCGGCUGAGGGAGGAAUUCUCCGAAGUGGAUCUUACCUACAGCAUAGGCGGACAGAUAAGCUUCGACGUGUAUCCGGUUGGGUGGGAUAAAACUUUCUGUUUGCGUCACAUUUCCAAGAGAACGAAACCAUUUCGGGAAAUUCAUUUCUUCGGCGAUAAGACUAAUCCGGGUGGAAAUGAUUACGAAAUCUUUAGCCAUCCGCAAACGAUCGGACACCAGGUGAUGUCACCGGAGGACACAAGGAAGAAGUUGGCUGAAUUGUUAAAAUUGUAAAUAACGGACGACGAAUGCAGUGCGUUUAUCUUAGUUAGGUUUAUUAAAGUUGCUUCCAUUCUGCGGAGGCUUCACAAGGCA